GGGUACUGGAGGUCGGGCAUGCCCAUGAAACAUCCAUUGCGAAAUGCUAAGAAGUAAGCGCCAAAAAGAGCGUGAUUAACAUGAAAUUACAGACACAUGUGCCGCAGACGACUUUUUAAAUUGCAUAUCUGCCGAGCCGAGAAGUCACAAGUUGAGACGAAAGCGCAUAGAAAGCACGAAGGAGCAUCCGAAAACUGUCCGUCCGUUUUGUCCUACAAAGGCGCCGGGAGUUUGACAGCGGCAGGACGCGAGUGCGCAGGCCCGACGGUUAGGUAAACUGCUGGAGGGGGACUACAUGAAAGAAUAAAAACUCUCCCUUUUCUGUAGAGGAAACAAAGCUCCAACAUGAGGAAGGACGUGAGGAUACUACUUGUAGGAGAACCCAAAGUGGGGAAGACAUCGCUGAUUAUGUCUCUGGUCAGUGAAGAGUUUCCCGAUGAGGUUCCUCUCCGAGCUGAGGAGAUCACCAUCCCAGCUGACGUCACCCCAGAGAGGGUGCCCACACACAUUGUGGACUACUCAGAAGCAGAACAGUCAGACGAGCAGCUGUAUCAAGAAAUAUCCAAGGCAAAUGUUAUCUGCAUAGUUUAUUCAGUCAACAACAAGAAGUCAAUUGAAAAGGUGACAAGCCACUGGAUUCCCCUCAUAAAUGACAGAACGGACAAAGAUAGCAGGGUACCACUGAUCCUUGUGGGGAACAAGUCAGACCUAGUGGAACACAGCAGCAUGGAGACCAUCCUGCCAAUCAUGAAUCAAUACCAGGAUAUUGAGACCUGUGUAGAGUGCUCUGCCAAAAACCUGAAGAACAUCUCUGAGCUGUUUUAUUACGCCCAGAAGGCCGUUCUUCACCCGACAGGACCCCUGUACUGCCCAGAGGAGAAGGAGCUGAAGCCUUCUUGCAUUAAGGCUUUAACUAGAAUCUUUAAAGUGUCUGAUCUGGACAAUGACGGCGUCCUUAAUGACACUGAGCUCAACUUCUUCCAGAGAACUUGUUUCAAUACACCACUGGCGCCCCAGGCCUUAGAGGAUGUGAAGAAUGUGGUCAGGAGGAACAUGACAGAUGGAGUCAAGGACAACGGACUCACACUCAAAGGCUUCCUGUUUCUGCACACGCUCUUCAUACAGCGAGGUCGACACGAGACCACCUGGACUGUGCUGAGGAGGUUUGGUUAUGACGAUGACCUGGAGCUCACACAGGAAUAUCUGUUCCCCCUGUUAAAGAUCCCCGGAGACUGCACCACAGAGCUUAAUCACAACGCUUACCUCUUCCUUCAGAGUGUGUUUGACAAGCAUGACAAAGACAGAGAUUGUGCGCUGUCGCCAGAUGAGGUGAAGGACUUGUUCAAAGUGUUUCCCUACAUGCCAUGGGGCCCGGAUGUCAACAACACGGUUUGCACAAACGAUCAAGGAUGGAUCACAUACCAGGGAUACCUCUCGCAGUGGACGUUAACAACAUAUCUGGAUGUACAGCGUAGUGUAGAGUAUUUGGGUUACCUGGGCUACUCCAUCAUCUAUGAACAGGAGUCCCAAGCAGCUGCCAUUACAGUGACACGCAACAAGCGCAUUGAUCUGCAGAAGAAACAGACCCAGCGCAGCGUCUUCCGCUGCAACGUCUUGGGGGCGCGAGGCAGUGGGAAGAGCGGCUUCCUCCAAGCUUUCCUGGGCAGGAAUCUGCAGCGACAGAGGCGGAUCAGAGAAGACCACAAGUCCCUCUAUGCCAUCAGUACAACCUAUGUUUAUGGUCAGGAGAAGUACCUGCUGCUUCAUGAAGUGAUGCCAGAUUUUGACUUCCUGUCAGAGGCGGACUUAGCCUGUGAUGUGGUCUGCCUGGUGUAUGACAUCAACAGUCCACGCUCUUUUGAAUACUGCGCCAAAGUGUACAAGCAAUACUUCAUUGACAGCAAGACGCCGUGUGUGGUGAUUGCUGCCAAGUCGGACCUGCACGAAGUACGGCAGCACUACAGCCUUUCACCGCAUGAGUUCUGCCGUAAGCACAAGCUUCACCCACCCCAGCCGUUCACAUGCAACAUGACCGAAACACCCAACAAAGACAUCUACACGAGACUCACCACCAUGGCCAUGUAUCCCCACGCCCGCCUCCGCUGCAUGUGUGCCUGCAACAGGUGCACCUAUUGCCUGUGUCAGAACCUCCUCAAGUUGGAGCUGCUGCGCAAUAUUAAGGCCCAACUCCGCAGGGUCGUUUUCAACAGGCACAUGGCUCAAGCAGACCUGAAGAACUCCACCUUCUGGCUGAGAGCGAGCGUCGGUGCCACCGUGUUUGCCGUGCUAGGUUUCGCCAUGUACAGAGCACUGCUCAAACAGCGGUGAUCAGACAGCAUGCUACAGCUACUUCCUCCCCUGGUCCCUUUGUUGACUCUGCCCCUCCCUCUCCUACCUGAAAGACUCAAAGACUGGCUAACCAACCAACCAAGCUCAUUGCCUCAGACUCAAACGCCACCUCAUCCUCUUCCCACAAUGCAAGAAACAAAUGAGCAAAAUCAUGAGUACAUUUUAUAUGCAUUUAAAAAUGAAGAGCGUGGAUUAGUUUUUAGUUUAUGUUGGGGGGGGAUAAGGAGGACGAUUACAUUUGAAAUAUCACAUGUCCAUCACUGAGUUUGUAAUUGGUGACAUUCUGUGAUCUGUUGGUCUAGUCCAGAUCAGACCCUGGUAGUCACUGGAUGUUUUCAGCUGAUCCAGUCCUCUUUUUAUUCCUCAGGUCAGUAUUAUUAGUUAGAUGGUUGGAGACCAGAGAGAGGCAGCCAUACACAGAAACACCACAAAGGGACUUGAAUCUGUUCAUAGAUGUGUAUAUGCAGUAUAACAUGUAUGUAUUCCUCAUCAAUUUUAGGAUUGGCCCUGUAGACAGCAUCACAAGCCAGAAGCAACACCUAACACAGGAGGUGUUGGGACAAACAGCGCUACAUCUAACACUAGAACGGUCAUGGAUGUAAUGCAUUUGUUUAUUUUGUGUGUUAAUUUAUUAACCUGUUUCUUUGUUUUCUUGUCUGUUUUGAGUGCACCGCAUGAAACAGAUGGAGGGAUUUACAUUUCCCGUGUAUUUUUUGUAUUUAGUAUUAUCGAAGCUGUCCUCAUGGUGUAUCAUUUAUGACUAUCUGCUUCUGUUUUUAUUUUUCUGGUUUUCAAAUAGAGCUUUGUCCCUCAUCUUAUAUUUUUAUGAAGUUAGAAGCACUGUAGAGCAAGGGAUUAUGCUAUUAACAGGCAUUCAGCGCACCUCUCCCACCUUAAAAUUAUGAAAGUGUUUCUUCUCAUUCUUUCCUUUUCCAGCAUUUACAAUAAAGAACAUUAUGAUCUGGCACAGCCGUAUGCGUGUUACUGGAUGAACUGAAAGCUAAUUUCACAAAAAAAGGAAAAUAAAAUGGUUUUAAAUACCUGUAAUAAAUGACAUUUACA